GGCUCCAUAGCAACAGGCCCCGCCCCGAGGCGGGAGCCGAGCUGCGCUCAGGCGGAAGAAAAGAAGGCGGGUCCCCUCCACCCAGAUGGCGAUUGCGCGCCGGUUGCUCCUUGCCUGUCUGUUAGCUCGUUUGUAAAAUGCUACCUCCUGAUGCCAUUGUGAUGAUUAAAUGAUCCAGUGUGUCACUGUCAGCCCCAUGCCUAACACACAGUAAGUCUCAGGUGCGGUAGUGGAGAAGAGGAUGGGCUCUAGAGCCAAGAAUGGGUUUGGAUCCUGGCUCUGCCACUUACAAGUUGUAUAACCCUGGCGUCAGUUUUGCCCUUUGAUGUAAGUCAUCGUCUCUGGACAUGAGAACGGGAGGCCUCACUUCCACAUCCUCCUCCAAAUGAAUGCACUCUAAACAAACAUUGAUGCGCCUCUCAAGGUUGGCAUUGCAUCUGGACCAGUGCCAGGAAGCCACAAGGCCACCAGAGGCAGAGGGGAAGAGCAAGGGCGGAAGAACAGAAGUCAAGCAGCAGCAGAUGGAAUGUGUGCACGGUCAGGUGAGGCCUGACCCGAGGGUGUUGUGAGCCCUUGGUCAGGGUGAGCCCAGUGCCAAGCAGAGCCAUCCAUGACCUUAGGGCCAAUGCUAGGCACCCUGACUCUUCCUUGAUAAUGUCUCUCAUCCUCCAUUCUUCCUCCCCCUUUCUCCCACCCUCUUUCCUACUCCCUAUCCACUUCAUUCAACAGAUUUUUAACUUAGCUUCUGCUGUGUGCUAGGCACUGUGUUAGGAGCCACAGAUAGUCACUAUCCUUAAGGAAUGUACACAUUCUCAUAACAGAGACAGAUACUAAAUCUCAAAUAAUAAACUAAAUUAAAUUACUUGAAAUAGAAGUUAAUUAAGCUUCAGACAAUUAACAAUUUUUAUCUGUGGCCUCUACUUCAGACCCACCUAGGAAAUACAGGCAUGUUGGUGUUCUGUGGUGGAUAAGAAUCCAGGCUCUGGAAUCAGACAAAUGUGGGUACAAAUCCCAGCUCUGAUACUGCCCAACAGUGUGAUUUUGGCCAAAUUACACCACCUCUCUUACCCUCCUUUUCUUCAUCUGUAAAAAGUAAAAGAGAUACUUUUUACUUUUUAAAAGAGAUACUUUUUAUAGGGUUGUUAUGAGGAUUAAACAAUGCCCAAAAGAUGCUUAGCACAUUGCCUGGCACAUAGGAAAACUCAAAAUAUGUGAACUAUUGUUGCUGUUUAAUUAUACAAGCAAAGAGGUCAGCAAACCUUUUCUGUAAAGGGCCAGUAUAGCAAACACUUUAUUGACUUGUGAGUCAAUACAGUAUCCGUUGCAACUGCCCAAUUUUAUUGUAGUGUUAGAGCAGCCAUUAACAGUAGGUAAAGGGGCUGGGUGUGGUGUCUCAUGCCUGUAAUCCCAGCACUUUCAGAGGCUGAGGCAGGCAGAUUGCUUGAGCUCAGAAAAUUGAGACCAGCCUGGGCAACAUGGCAAAACCCUGUCUCUACAAAAAAUACAAAGAAACUAGCCAUGCAUGGUGGUGCACACCUGUAGUCCCAAAUACUUCGGAGGCUGAGGUGGGAGGAUCGCUUGAACCCGGGAGGAGAGGUUGCAGUGAGCUGUGAUUGCACCAUGCACUGCCAUCCUGAGCAACAAAGACAGACCCUGUCUCAAAAUAAAUAAGUAUAUAAACAAAUAAAUAACAGUUGGUAAAGGAUGAUUAUAACUGUGUUCAAUAAAAUUAUAUUUAUAAACACUGAAACUUGAAAUAAUUUUCUCAUGUCACAGAAUAUUAUUUUUCUGUUGGUUUUUUCCAAAUUAUUUAAACAUGUAAAAACCAUCAUUAGCUCACUGGUUGUACAAAAACAGGCCGUGGGCCAGAUUUGGCUCACAGGCCAUAGUUUGCCCGCCCCUGCUCAAGCCUAACAAAAUGGCUGACACACCUUUCGUAGAUUUUGCUUCAGAGGAAAAUCCAGUUGGUGGGUCUGUAAUACCCUAACUCACUGUCUGGACAUUAAGACACAACCUGGUCUGACUAACAACAUUAUAAACCAACCCAAGGAUAGCAAAAACCUCGUAAAUGAAAAACAAUACCUACAGUUUGCUUGUGCAUAAGCCAAGAUAAGUAAGUAAACAGAACUUACCAUUGGCUUGUGCAGAAGAUAAGAAAUGGAAAAGAUAAUCAGUUCCUUAGACGCAUGAUCACCCUGUGUUUUGUAGGUGGAGGCAAGCUGCUCCUGACAGGUGCAAGAACUGACUGUGUGUGUACUUUGCUUCUCAGUGCUGUGCACAGACACGUGCAGCAAGAACCAUCUCAGAGGGUCACAAGCCCCCUAGAUUUUACCCACAGAAGAUGGUAGAAAAAAGAACCUGUGAUGAAUGAAGAAAGCUGGGGAAAAUGAGGGAAGGCAGGAGGAACCUGCCAGAAACAGGCCAAGUCCCACCAACAUGAAAAUCAGAUCACAAAUGAUUUAGCUGUAAAACAGGUAUCCCAAGUUACGCCAUGUAAUUCCCAAUUCCAUUCUUUCCUUUCCUUCUCCCUUUCCCUCUUAAGUAUCUGUGGAUAGAAACAGGAUGUUAUGUUUUACUUUCUCCUGCAAUGUAGGAAGAUAUUUAUUCUCUAGUUCAUAUCCAAUUAUUUGCAGGCCAGAAAUUCUUUCUCUAAUAAUAUUAAAAUAUGUACCUGUUCCAAAGACACUGCAAUUAAUAAAGUUGUUUCCCUCAACCCAGAGGAAAUGCAAAGCUUUCUUAUAAAUCCAUUCCAAGAAUCAAAUUUUUUCUUGUACAUCUUCAAAAAACUAUGUGUUGCUAGGUGCAGUGGUACACACCAGUAAUCUCAGCUACUUUGGAGACUGAGGCAGGAGGAUUGCUUGAGCCCAGGAGUUCAAGAUCAGCUCGGGCAACAUAGUGAGGCCUCCUCUCUAAUUAAAAAAUGAAGAAGAAGAAGAAGGAGAAGGAGAAGGAGAAGGAGAAGGAGAAGGAGAAGGAGAAGGAGAAGGAGAAGGAGAAGGAGAAGGAGAAGGAGAAGGAGAGGAAGAGGAAGAGGAAGAAGAAGAAGAAGAAGAAGAAGAAGAAGAAGAAGGAAGAAGGAAGAAGGAAGAAGAGGAAGGAGAAGAAGAAGGAGAAGAAGGAGGAGAAGAGGAAGGAGAAGGAAAAGGAGAAGAAGAAGAAGAAGAUGGCAGCGGCAAAGUAGCUCAUGUGUGUAAUCCCAGCACUUUGGGAGGCUGAGGCAAGAGUAUUGCUUGAAGCUAGGAUUUCCAGACUAGCCUGGGCAACAUAGGGAGACCCCAUUUCUACAAAAAAAUUUAGAAAUUAGCAGGAAGUGAUGGCGCAUGCCUGUGGUCCCAGCUACUUGGGAGGCUGAGGCAGGAGGGUCACUUGAGCCUGGGAGGUUGAGGCUGCAGCAAGCAGUGAUUGUGCCACUGCUCUCUCUUCAGUCUGGGCAAUAGAAUGAGAGAUCCUGUCUCAAGGGGGGGGGAAAAAAAAAAGGAGGGGGAGGAGGAAGGAGAAUAAGAAACCACAUAUUAUCCAUGCCUAGCCAUUUUUACUAGAUAAAGAAUUUGCUUAUCUAGCCUGAUUGACAUGUUGAACUGUCCUCAAGGUCAGAUGUCACAAUAACACCCUCUGACUUAGUAAGGACUCUCCUCUGGGAAGAACAUGGCCCAGGUACAGAUGUCUCCAUCCUUAAUAGUUUGAGUCAUAGAUAACCAGCUGGCUGCCUAUCAGGUUGCCACUUGGUUUUAACUACUAUCUGCUGAAGAAAGAAAGCAAGUCUAUUACCUUAGACUUCUGUCAAAAGCAAAAAGUGAGGAUCUGGGAUCUAGCAAGGAUGUAACUGCAUCCAGUGCUCCCCAUCCCUAGCCAUGAAGAAGCAAAGCCCACAGUCAAGGAACCUGGCACUGCUCUUUGUCUUUGCCCUGCCACAUGGCACAGCACUGGUACUCUCUCAACGAAAAGAGUCACCCCUUCAUAUGGAUCUUCAGUUUUAAACCCAACAACCUGAAUCAAGGGCAUAAACUCCAUCACCUUCUCUAUCACUUUCCAAUUGUGUGGGGGGCUUCAGUUCAGUUUGGUGGUACUGAUAGGAAGCUUGGGGGCUCCACCCUAGCCUCAGGCCUACCUCCUAGUCCACUUCCCUCCUUGCCUUGGCAGGGCCUCUCCACCAGUAAUGAAGCAGGAAGGCAGAAGACUGUCAUCCUUUCAUAGAAUCAGAGGUGUGUUUGAAGUUGGAAAGGACCUUGGAGGUGACAGAGUCCUGUGGUUUUAAAGCCAUGAAAUCCUUUCUCUAGAGAGCUGCCCGGGCCCUGGGGCCCCUGCCAACAUGCUCACCUCCCACUCAUGCUGCCUCCACCCCCGCCCAUCUCUUCAGGACACCUGGUGCUCAGUGGAGAUAUCCAGUUUGAUCACCAUUGUAUAGACAAAGAAACAGAGAGCUGGGGAGGUGAUUUGAUCCCAGCCCCCACCAUGCCUUACAACCUGCAAGUGACAAAGCCAUUCGCAGAUCUCAGGCCUGACUCCGAGUGCCUGCUGCUCUCCAUCUGCCCCAGCGUCCUCUCUUUACAGGCAGACCCAGGGAGCUGGAGGUCUGUGCAGGCUGCCUGAGUUUCUUUACAAUUUCAGUAGUUCUGUCGAGCCUGUUCCACAACAGACACAAAUGGAAAUACAACAAGCAAAGGUCUUGCUAAGUGAGACUAGAAAACCAUGCUGAGGAAUAGCAAAUAGCUCUCAUGCUGCAGCUGGUCUGCUUGAAGAGUUAAUGGUUAAGAGUUUAUAAAUAUGCAAACACCAAGGUCGAACAGCAGGAGUUCCCAAGAUAGCAGAGAAACAGGAACCUACCACAAAGGAUUAUGGUACUAAAAGGUUAAAAAUCCGCCCAUCCACAUGGCAAAGGGCAGGGAAUAAAUAAACCACGACAUCCUGUUAGAGGGGGAUUCACAGAGAAGGCAGACUCCUGGGAAUAGGAAAGAAAAAAAAAAAAGAUACAAGACAAAAUAGACCAAGGCUAAGUACCAACUUUGUGUAGUUAAGAAUCCACAUAUCCUCGGAGUGACCUUGACAAUAAAAAUCCAACACUAAAAUAAACAUGUAAGAGCGGAGUUACAUCAUUAGCAGUUGUGCAGACUGUUAUGAAGCCUUUUAAUCCGGUCAAAUUGGUGAGCAGGGUGAAGUGAUAAAAGCACACAGAUUUAUUCAAAGGACCCACGUGGUUGGCAUCAGAUGGCUAGCAUGUUCCAGCACCUUGCCUGCCCCCUGUUCCAUAAUGGGCCCCAGUAGAAUUCCCAUUCUAUUUUUAAUUAGCUAUUAACACAUGUUUGUUUGCCCCCAGAAAUGGGAAAACCCAAUCUUCAUUUAAACUUAGACUAUAAAAGUUAUUCAUUAUAAAAACAGGUUUCAUUUCUAUUUUUCUGUUUACUCUAAUGGCCAGUGCUCUCCUAGCAGCAUCCUGGGACCUUUAUCCGGCAUAUGUGUGGCCUCUCCUCCAUUCUCUCUGUACUGUUUCUGGCUUUUCAAGAAUCUGUGCACCCGUUUCCUCAGGUCGAAAUUCUGCGAUAAGUUCAGAAAAGGAGGCCGCCUUGUUUUAGUUCAUGGCUAAAUGAAUGGAUCUUCAUGAGCAACGAGGCGCUCUUAAUGCAAGGUUCCCGCUCCUCCUAGCCCUGCUGUUGCUCCUGCUCCCUGGGUUCUCUGCUCCUGGGUUCUCUGCUCACAUGCUCAAAUGCUGCCUCCUCUCUGAGGCCUUCCUAACCCUCCUGACUUAAGUGGGUGUGCCCCUUUGUUAUGUAUCACUCUGCCCCAUUUGAAUCCUUCAUGGCAGUUGUCACAGUUCGUAAAGGAAUAUUUGUUUGUUUAGUUAGAGGUGUCUCGCCCACAAACCUGUGACCUCCAUCGGGGAGGGGGCAGGACCAUCCCCCAACGAUGGUGCAGCACAAAUGCAGUCUUGGCACAUGGCUUCCAACAAUGUGCGAUGAGGAAGGACUGGGUGUCCAGCCUGCCUAGACAUUAGCCAGAGCUGUGUGAUCAAUGCUGCUCUGGAGAACACAGCCUCCUAGACCAGGUACUCCUGUGAAACACCUCAGAACUACUUGUUAUGAUCGGACAUCUGCUAAAGAUCCCUUUGAGCUCUUGUAGAAGGGAUCUGUUAGGAAAAUGGUGUAAGCAAGAUCAUCUUAACCUACUUAAGAGUGACACACUCUACAGGAAAAGGUUUUUUUGUUUGUUUGUUUUUCUGAGAGGGAGUCUCGCUCUGUCACUCAGGCUGGAGUGCAGUGGCGCAAUCUCGGCUCACUGCAACCUCCGCCUCCCAGGUUCAAGCGAUUCUCCUGCCUCAGCCUCCGGAGUAGCUGGGAUUACAGCUGUGCGUCACCACGCCCAGCUAAUUUUUGUAUUUUUAGUAGAGACAAGGUUUCACCAUGUUGAUCAGGCUGGUCUCAAACUCCAGACCUUGUGAUCCGCCUGCUUCGGCCUCCCAAAGUGCUGGGAUUACAGGCGUGAGCCACCACGCCUG